AUGGAUUGGAAACGAAAGAUUCUCUGGGUUUUACUCUUGCUAACCAGCACUCCUAUCCAUUUAAUUUACAACUCGGCCGUCUUUACCUCUAUGUCCACACAAGACUAUGGAGUUAUCGUUGUUCCAAAAAACUACUCCGAGAAUGACUCCUUAGUUAAUGAUGUCCUCUCAGAAGAUGCAUUUCGGGAUUUUGUUGGGUUCUAA